UCCGGGCUUGUAGAUCUGCAGCUGCUGGUUCGAGUCGCAAUAAUAGGUCCUGGUGCUGUAGCAGGCCGUGCCGCACUUCAGGUAGACUUCGCCGUUCGUCUUGGGGCAGAGGAAGCCAUCGAAGCAAGUGUACUUGGACGGGUAGUACCGGGCAUUGCCACACCAGACGAGGUCCUCGGCAGCAGCAAGGAAGGGAAGAGCGGAGAGGAUAGCGAGGAGCUUCAUGGUGUUUUGAAGAGGAAGUUGGAAGUCUUGAGGAGUCUGUUCUCUGAUACUGAUGUUGAUCGAGUUUAGAGGACGAUCUGAACUGACUCGGCCUCCGUCCGCGACCCUUUUAUAUCUCGUUCUGCAACCCUCAGCCUCUCUCCUCCAGCUUCAAUAUCGGACGCUCAUCUUGUCCUACGCUUUCCCUUUCGCUAUUCGCUCAGAACCCUCAUCGGUCUCUCCACUUCUCAGGAUCCGAACUCCACUCCCUCUCUCAUCGUGGCAUUCCAGCUCUUUCGACUCAGCCCUGCAUUUCUAUCUUCUAUACUGCGCCACGCCUCUGUCUCAUCCAACGACAGACCAUUCCGGCUUACCGGAUGCAGUGGUUCGAUCACGGAAUUCCGGGGUCAGCCAUGCUCUAUGUUCGGAUAGGGCGGCGCGUGAUCUAGGUCUUGGCAUAGGCACGAUGGCAUUUGGAGUAAGCUUCAGCCGCAUCACUCCACAAAAGUCGUUUUUCUACUGACGUUCGACGGAAGGGGCUGAGGGUAAAUAGUAGUCGGCCUCGUGUUGUGGUUUCACGAAAUAUAGUAUACAGCCUUAUAAGCUCGUGAUGCGUUACA